UAUGGACACACAUCAUUUAAUUAACAUUAUUACUAUUUUCAAAGUGUUAGUAAAAAAACUCGUAGGGCUGAGCUGUCUCUCUCCCUCUCUCACUUAUAAUUCAUUUCCCUCUUCACUAUCUCUUCUUCUUCACUGCAAACUUUCUCCACAAAUGUCAUGAAGCAAUGAAGACGAAGAUGAUGAUGAAGAAGACGACCAUGUCUCAGAUCUAUGCUCUUAUUUUCACCUUCUUCUUCUUCUUCUUCUUCUUCUCCACGAGCCUCUCUCACUCUCUUCCACUCACUUUCAAUGACAACCUCUCCGACAACGAAGUCCGGCUAAUCACAAAACGUCAGCUUCUCUACUACCGCGACGAGUUCGGCGACCGCGGCGAGAAUGUUGUCGUCGAUCCGACUCUAGUCUUCGAGAAUCCACGCCUCCGUAACGCUUACGUAGCUCUCCAAGCUUGGAAACAAGCUAUUCUCUCUGAUCCCAACAACUUCACCACCAACUGGAUCGGCUCUAACGUUUGCGGUUACACCGGAGUCUUCUGCGCUCCGGCGUUGGACAACCGUCGGAUCCGUACCGUAGCCGGGAUAGAUCUCAACCACGCUGACAUUGCUGGCUACUUGCCUCAAGAACUCGGUUUGUUAACGGAUCUCGCUUUGUUUCAUGUUAAUUCAAACCGGUUUUGUGGAACCGUACCGCAUCGGUUUAAUCGGCUUAAGCUUUUGUUCGAGCUUGAUCUCAGUAACAACCGGUUCGCCGGAAUAUUCCCUGCCGUUGUUCUCCAAUUACCGUCGUUGAAGUUUCUCGAUCUGAGGUUCAACGAGUUUGAAGGACCUGUACCGAGAGAGCUCUUCAGCAAAGAUCUAGAUGCGAUUUUUAUUAACCAUAACCGGUUCCGGUUCGAGUUACCGGAUAAUUUGGGAGAUUCUCCGGUUUCAGUCAUCGUCGUCGCGAAUAAUCACUUCCACGGUUGUAUUCCGACGAGUUUGGGAGAUAUGAGGAACCUUGAAGAGAUCAUCUUCAUGAACAAUGGGUUUAACUCUUGUUUGCCGUCUCAGAUCGGGCGGUUGAAGAAUGUAACGGUAUUUGAUUUCAGUUUUAACGAACUUGUUGGGCCGUUACCGGCGAGUGUUGGCGGGAUGGUUUCGUUGGAGCAGUUGAAUGUGGCGCAUAACAGAUUCUCCGGUAAGAUUCCGGCGAGUAUUUGUCAGUUGCCGAGGCUGGAGAACUUUACUUUCAGUUAUAAUUUCUUUACCGGAGAGCCGCCGGUAUGUCUAGGGCUGCCUGGAUUUGAUGAUCGGCGUAAUUGUUUGCCGGCUAGACCUGCGCAGAGAUCUCCGGGACAAUGUGCUGCUUUCUCUUCUCUUCCGCCGGUGGAUUGUGGAUCGUUUGGAUGUGCUCGUUCUUCUCGGCCUCCGGUUGUUGUCCCGUCACCGCCGACAACACCUUCACCUGGUUCGCCUCCGAUCACUGUCCCGUCUCCUCCGUCAACUCCUGGUUCUCCUCCGAUCACUGUCCCGUCCCCUCCGUCAACACCUGGUUCGCCUCCGUCAACGCCUGGUUCUCCACCGUCAACUCCCGGUUCACCUCCUGGAACUCCCGGUUCACCUCCGUCAACUCCUGGAACUCCCGGUUCACCUCCGUCAACUCCUGGAACUCCCGGUUCACCUCCGUCAGCGCCCGGUUCUCCUCCGAUCACUGUCCCGUCUCCUCCGUCAACGCCCGGUUCUCCACCGUCGUCAACUCCUGGUUCUCCUCCAUCAACGCCUGGUUCGCCUCCGUCAACACCCGGUUCCCCUCCGUCAACUCCUGGUUCCCCUCCGUCAACGCCUGGUUCGCCUCCGUCAACUCCUGGAACUCCGCCGUCAACACCUGGUUCCCCUCCGUCACCGUCUAUUUCUCCGAGUCCUCCAUCGCCAUCUAGUCCACCAACUCCGGUAUCACCUGGUCAACAUUCACCACCAUUUUUCCCAAGUCCACCAUACACAGGCCCGUCUCCGCCGUCAACUCCUGGUCAUCCUUCACCGCCUAUGAUUCCUAGUCCUCCCACCACAGGCCCGUCUCCGCCGUCAACUCCACCCUCAACACCUUCCCCUCUGCCUCCGUCUUACUCUCCUAGGCCGCCACCUCCACCGUCAACAGGAUACUCUCCUCCAUCACCACCUCCUACGCCAACAUAUAUUCCGUUCCCAUCACCUCCACCUCCUCCGCCGCAAACAUACAAUCCGCCGCAGCCAACUCCAUCACAACCACCGCAAGCUCCAGUUUACUACGUUCCCCCUCCUCCACCUCCCCCUCACUCACAGUUGUCACCCCCAUCACCAGCCCCCUACUACUACAGCUCACCACCACCACCGCCGCAUUACUCAUUACCGCCACCACCCCAUGCACCAUGCAUAGAAUACACACCACCUCCACCUCCAGCCGUACAUUACAAUCCCCCGCCGCCACCACCGGAGCACUACAGUCCCCCACCGUCACCACCGGUUUACUACUACAACUCACCGCCACCACCACCAACAGUACACUACAGUCCCCCUCCUCCACCGGUAAUUCAUCACAGCCCACCACCGCCGUCUCCAGCAUACGAGGGACCACUGCCGCCGAUUCCCGGAAUAUCAUACGCUUCACCACCACCGCCUCCCUUCUACUGAUUCUCUUUAUCAGAAUUUUCUCAAAAAACGGGUCCCACCACUUACGCUAAAACCCGAAGCCGAAACGAUGUCGUCUCAGAUUGAUGGAAACAUCAGACACACGGCGUCGUUUUAACCAUUUCUUGCCGAGAGAGAGAGAAAGAAAGAGAGGGAAAUUAGGGUUUGCAGGUAAAAAAAGUUGGAUAUUCUCCGAAAGAUUUAUUUUGGGGUGUGAAAAAAUUUUAAAAAGAGGGAAAUUAGGGUUUGCAGGUAAAAAAAGUUGUAUGUAAUUAGAGGGAAAAUUAUAUUAAUAUAUAUGGAGCAACCUCAUCUUUAUGCUCCUUAUUACUCGUCUAUUUAACUAAUAUAAUAAUUAUCAUUGCUGCUCAAAAUGUCUUUUUUUUUUUAAUAAACUCGUAUCUUUUUUGGA